CUGUAAUAAUGGAGGUGGCGUCAUAGAUGGAGCCGCCGCAAAGAAGGCGUGGCUGGGUCGGUGUCCAUCGCACAUCCUGCAGACUUACCAGGAGGGAAGGAGAGCAUGACGGGUCCAGCGCCGAGGAUACACCUGAGCCGCGCCAGUACCAGCGUGUCUGAUGACCAGGCAGGCAGGGGAGGCGAAGUCUUCACCGAGGCAGGGCUCUGGGCCAGCCUCACCCCGGACAACCUCCUCGCUCUCCGAAACCACUUCCUGCAGGCGGAAGGGUGGCUGGUUGGAGGGAGUGAUGACCCUACCCACAGCCACCUCCUCACACGACAGCAGUUUGUGGAGGUGGUCUCCUCUCUCUUAGGGAAUGACCAGUAUGAGGGUGUUUGCGGUACCAUCUUCGACAAUGUGGUGGCCGCCUAUAGCCCGACCCUUGCCACCUGCGGGAUGACCGUCCACACGCCAAACAUUAGCAGUAGCAGCAGCAAUAUUAGCACUACCAGCAGUGGCAGCAGUAUCGGAUUGAGGAGCGGCGCACCUGGACUGAGCUGGGCUGGUUUGGUGUCAUAUCUGGCGGCAGGCGUGGGCAGCGAGACCCGGGACAUAGCACCCAGCCCCCCCUUCCAGCCCACGCCCCGGUACCGCUUGUUGCUGCACAAUAAGCGUGAAGGUGUGGCGGGGACAUUGGUGUGUGAGCGUCGUCGGUUGCUGCUGGUGGGAACAAGGGGUUCACUCACCAAGCUGCUGCCCAGCCGCUGGCGUCAGCAGCAACAUGCCCGCCUCCUACUGGACGGUGACCCGGAUGAGGAACAGCACACAAGAACUCAGCUGCAGACCUCGCAUAAGACAGGCUUGGGCACGUGGGUGGUUGGUGUAGCUCUUCUGGAGGACAACAUCGCUGUGGUGGCGGCGUCCUCGUCCACGCUGCACCUGGUGGACACCUCAACUACCCCUCAGGAGCUGCUCAGGAUUACCAACCUUCCAGCGCUCCCCUCCUGCGUGGCUGCCGGGUGUGUGGAGGACAGGCGGUGGCUGGUGGUUGGGGACGAUCGCGGUGCCGUCCACCUGCUUCGCUUCCCUCACGCCGCGGCAGGUUUGCUCACACGUCCCCGCAGCGAGGGCCUCACGGCGCUCACCUGGCAGGAAGUUUGCUGCCGUGCUCAAAUGAUCAACGGGCGUGCAGUGGAGGUGUGUGGGCAGGUGCAGGUAGUAAGUGCGACAAGCAUGCACAAAUCUAGUGUGAGAGGUGUAGACUACAAUCCAGUUACUUCCACUCUCGUGUCAUGCAGUGGAGACCCUCGGGCCAGUCUGGUGGUGUGGGGACCCGACCAUGCUACCAAGACCUACACCUUCAGUAUGCCCAAGGGGGUUCGAGUAUUCGCGGUCGAGUGGACGCUCCACAUCUUGGUGACCGGCAGCAGUGACGGUCGAUUGCGAGUAUGGAAUCCUUAUGUACCAGAGGCGGCCCUGGCGGUGCUGCCGCCCUCACCAGCUCCUUCAGCAGCAAUCCUAAUAUGCCCAAUCCGCCGUGUCAUCAUCACCUGUGAUACUGACGCUAUUGUGCGUGUUUAUGGUGUGGAGGGUGCCCGCUGCGUGCAGACCGUGAUCUUGUCCUUUCCGGGAGGACAAGGAGGCUUGGCCUUAAGGCCUCUCACCUUGCUGGUUAGUGGUGAGCUCCUGGUGGCCUGCAGAGACUACGUAGCCUCCCUCGUCCCCUCUCCUGACAAGUCACACCCUUCAGAGGGACCCCAACACCAACUGAUGGGGGACGCUGACGUCGACGUAAGUGAUCGGGAAGAAGGUGGUGUCGCCGAUCUUAAUAAAGAUGGUGACUUGAUUAAAGACUCAUCGAUUAUGUCUUCUGAUGAGCGACAAGAACGUGAGCGUAUGCGUAGCCUCAUCCGGCAGGGGCUGCCUUUUGCUGCCUCGAGUUACAGAAAGUAACGCCACCCACCCUGCCUCCUGAUCUGCCUCUGCCCCCACGACUGGCAGCCCUUGGACUCACACCAGACGACCCAGCUGCUCUUCUAGCUCAUCUCCCUCCCGCCACAAUCGCCUCUGGCCUCGCCGCUACAGGUUCGACACCUGCCCUCCCAGGUCAAUCAGUUUCACGAGUACCAGCUCGCAGACCUGCAGGUUCUCGGCCAGCGUCAGCUAGACGUCAGACAGUACCCACGUCCUCAGGGAAGACUGGACAGGACCCAGCUUCAUCUGCCCCGCCAAGCAGUGGCCGCCACCUCAGUCCUGGCUGGCGACCACAUUCCCCACGCCAUGUGUAGAAACUAUAGACACCGGUAGGUUUCCAACACACACACACACACACACACACACUUAAAAUAAGAUUAUAAUAAA